AGUUCACCGACGAUAGCCAAAAAACGAAUAAAAGAAAGGAAGAUACGCCGCUUCUGUUUUGAAACGGGUGCAGACGGUUUCACCGUCGCGGCAGCAAUUUGUUCGCGCGUAUGAUAGACAAGCCAUCUGCUGCCAACACGCGCUCCAGAAACACGUACACGCACGCACGCUCUCUCGCGCCGCCGGAGUCCGUCUGCUAUCGGGUGACGAGGGGGCGGCGCUCCCCACAAGCCUCCGACCGUGACGUCGCCGUUGUUUCCGCAAUGCGAGCGCGAGAAUUGCGUGGUCGCCGCGCGUCUGCUUGGCAGCCAUUUUCUUACUUUCCUCUCGCAUUGGCAACGCUGUACAAACGCUCUCUCAACGCCGCGCUCGUGUUGCCAGAUGAUCGCGCGUCGGGUAUGCCUCUUCCCUUGAAGCUGAGCCCAGGGACAAUGACGAAAUAGCGAUCGGCCGGCAGCGUUUCCGCUCGCGUUAUGCGUGCGCGGUUUAGUAGCUUCGCGACGGCGCUCGGCGUCGUCCCAAGGAGACAGCGGACCGCUGAAGACAACCCGGCUGCAAGUUCGUACUGCUUUCAUGCCUCUUGACCUCGAGGGUAGGUUCAAAACUUACUUUCGGAAUGAGGCACGGCUCUGGGUUAAUACCUGCGCUCCCGGAGAGAAGAAAAGGAAACCCUGGCGUUCGUGCCACUGCUGGCUUGCCGCCAGCUGAGCCCGGAAUGAUGUCGCACCUCCUUAACCGAAGCUUCAGAGCGCAUCGACGCACGCACAGCACCCCUCCCGGAGGCAUGGUCACGGUGACCGACAGGAGUCCCAGGAACACCCUGCCCGCGUCGAGGGCUGCACUGACUGAUGUGCCCGAACACGAAGAACUGCGCAGUGGCGGCAGGAGGCAAAGCUCGUUCGGCCUCGUCUCUGCAGCUACUGCAGCACCGGGUUCAGCUCAGGAGGCGAAGGUCUCCCUCAUGAAGUACGCGACGCUCAAUGCUUCGGGAGGCGUACUGCCCAAGAACCGUGAUUGGCUGCGAUUGCAACACACAAUCCGAAGUCUAUUCACGACCAAGGACGCUCGCUUGGAACCCGGAGAAAUGGCCAUACUCCACGACAAAAUACGGACGCUGGGAAGCUCGAAGGCAGGGCCUUUCCUGUUUGACUCGUUCAAGCGCGAAAUUGAAAUCUGCCUCUCCACUCUUCUGCAAAAGCUGCAAGCUGUGCCAAGAGAGAAACUGCUGGAAGUGCUGUCCUCUGAAUGGGAAAACUUGUUCCGACACGUCCUGCCCACCCUUGACAUGAUCUUGUACGUCGUCAAGGGUAAAGGCUCAACAACCGUGCGACAAGCCUUCCUUGUGGUGUUCCGAGACGCAGUCGUGACAAAGCUGGAUCUUGAAGAUCUCAUCAACGAGAACACUCGCCACCUCGUCCCCGAUGGAAUCCGGCACAUGCUUCUUAUUCUUUACAAUGUCAGCGACAGUUAUCCUCCGACAAAAACCAAACUGAAACUUGAAGGACUUCUGGCACGGCUUCUGGAUACCUUCUUGGGAUUUCAAGGCUUCUACGAAGGCAAGCCUGAGCCCACGGUAAAGUCUGCGGAGCCUGAGGUCGCCGCACGCAGAAAGUCAGCAGAUGGAGUACCGUUACCUAGGAAGCUGUCCCGACCGAUGAGCUCCCAGCCUCGCCAGAUCGAAACACUGCAUGAGCUUUUUCUUACAGCUCUGCGGAAGCAGCCAGAUUUUUAGUUGGUACAAAUGUCCUACAUCUACAUUGUAUAUACUGCAUCGUCAGUGCAAAAGACAUGGGCCUUAAUAAAUUAGUCCGAGGUUCCCAUUGGCGUUUUCGCAAAGUUAAGGUGCGCAGUUGCAUCGCUGUCGGCUUCGAUUGACGCGAGGGCUUCUGUAACAUGCCACCUUAUGCACUAAUGUGAAUAAGUCUGUGUUCCCUGAAGGGCUCGGAGAUGCCGGGCUCUUCCCCGCUUGUUCACGCAAAGGUAAAGAAGCAAGUGGCUUCGAAACAGACGCGGAAUUUUUGGAUUGCCGCCUAAUUUCACAAUGCCGGCUAGUGUCACACGGCCGCUUAAAGGGGCACCAGACAAAAAAUUAUUUCUCCUGUCUUGGUAAAUUACCCUUCCACAAUACCCUAACAGCCACUCUUACAGUGAAACGAGGCUUGGGAGCUAUAACAGUUGCAAAAAACAAAAAAAAAAGCAGAAAGAAAUGUGGGUGGCUCCGUCGCCUUGAAGUUUCUGCGCCAGCUCGAUGUGACGUCACAGAUUUCAGUGGCGUUUGCUAGGGCCUAGUUGUUUCUUUAUCGGUAGUAAUGGGCUACAUUGCUCUCUGAAGGAGCGAAGCACUGAAUUUCGGGAACAUUUACGGUGCUAACUUGGCCCGAAAACGACGUAAAAAUACUUUGAAAUCGGUGACGUCACAUUGACGAAACAACACCCGCCGUGAUAGCUUAGUGGCUUGGCUGUCGGGCUGCUAAGUACGAGGUCACGGGAUCGAAUCCCGGCCACAGCGGCCGCAUUUCGAUGGGGGCGAAAUGCUAAAAGGCCCGUGUACUUGGAUUUAGGUGCACGUUAAAGAACCCAAGGUGGCCAAAAGUAAUCCGUCAUCCCCCACUACGGCAUGCCACAUAAUCAGAUCGUGGUUGUGGCACGUAAAACCACACAAUUUAAUUUUUUAAACUGACGAAACAACGUAGUGGUUUCGGACGCGAAAUUCAACGACUGGAAUUUGGACGUUCACUUUCUGGUCUAAUAUUUAACUUGUUACCGCGCAAUGAAUGACAAUAAAGUUUUCAAAGAAUGC